AUGUUUGUGUCAUCACUAUGCUUGUUGCUGUCUGCCUUUCAAGUCACUCUUGGCGUAGACUUUACUUACUAUGUCCAAGAGGGCCAGAACCCCGGAACCUACGUAGGAGACAUCGCCGCUGAUACCCACUUGCUAGACAGAAUCUCACCCCAAGACCGAAAGCUGAUCCGCUUCAGUCAAAUAAAACAUGCCAUCCCAACCGCUGCCCAAUUGUUCCGCGUUUCCAGAAGCACUGGUAAGCUGUACACAGCGCAGACGCUAGACGCUGAAGCCAUCUGCAUACGCAGUGAGGAAUGUUACAAAAUGGUAGAUGUCGCCGUGCGGAAAGGUGAAUCCUUUAUAACAAUCCUCGAGAUAAAGGUUAUGGUGAAAGACGUCAAUGACCAUCAGCCGCUAUUUCCUGACAAACAGGUCUUUAUCCAGUUCUCUGAAGAUGAUAGAAAGGGAGCAAAGCGAUCGAUUCCAAAUGCAGUUGACCAGGACGCCGGAGUUGGUAAUUCGCAGAUUACAUAUGAAUUGAAGAAAAAUAAAGAGGAACCGUUCACGUUGUCUGUCGCAAAGAACCUCGAUGGGACAUCUAAGCUUAGUAUCACGUUGGAAGACAUGUUGGACCGCGAAGUGAAGGACUCGUACGUGAUUCAAGUGGUUGCCAAGGACAGAGGCACUCCGCCAAGACAAAGCGUAUUGGACGUGCAUAUUUCCGUGACAGAUGUUAACGACAACCCGCCUAUCUUCUCGCAGAAUGUUUACAAUGUAUCCAUCAAAUAUGAACAUGAUAAAGCCUUGCCCAUCACUAUUUUGUCCGCUACUGAUUCUGAUCUCAAUCAGAACCGUAAAAUUUCCUUCCAUUUCAGUUCGCAGACUUCGAGCAUCGCAAGGACGCUCUUCGAAUUGAAUGUCGAAACUGGAGAGAUAUUUCUACGCAAGAAAAUAGCAUUCGGCCAAAAGCUGACCUACAAGCUGUACGUUCAAGCCACAGACAGAGGCAGUCCUCCGCUGAGUUCGACCGCAAUGGUGAUUGUUAACGUAAUCAAUCAACAAAACACACCACCCAGCAUUGACGUCAGCUUCGUUUCUGAAUCAACGGGGAACACGGCUUCCAUUUCUGAAGACAUCGAAGUGGGUAGCUUUAUCGCUUAUGUGAAAGUAACUGAUAAUGAUGUUGGUCAAAACGGAGAGGUCAGUUGUUACUUACAACACCAGAAAUUCCAACUACAGACCUUGGGAACGAAGAAAUAUAAAGUUAUAAUCAAGAAUCCGUUGGAUAGAGAGGUUCAAGAUCACCAUGACAUCACGAUCAGUUGUCAAGACAAGGGAAUGCCACCUUUGCACAGUGAAAGCAAAUUUUCCAUUAAAGUGUUGGAUGUCAAUGAUGUCCGGCCACAAUUCACUGAACGGACGCUAAAAUUCUCUAUUUACGAAAAUCAGAGAUCUAAGUUCCCUGUUGGCUACAUCAAUGCCACAGAUCCAGACUUGGGACUUUCGGGCCAGUUGUCGUAUUCGUUAUUAGAUGACAAGAAGCAUUUUCUACCAUUCCAAAUCUCAAACGACGGGUUAAUAUCAACUCUGGUGUCGUUGGAUCAUGAAUUCCAAAGCGUUUACAAUUUCAAAGUUCUGGUUCGAGACAAUGGCUCGCCGUCUUUUAACAACACUGUCAAUGUAAUUGUUGAAGUUAGAGACCGAAACGACAACGCCCCACACUUCAUCUUCCCCAGCAUUAAUCCCUUCACACUUGAAGUCAUCUAUUACGCUCACCACACCAAGAACAUCACAGUCCUGAAGGCUACUGAUAAAGACAGCCGAGAGAAUUCGUUUCUCAAAUACGAAAUGACCUCAGGCAAUGAGAAAAAGAUGUUUUUUCUAAAUCGUUAUUCUGGCCUGUUAACGUUUGCCCGAGAACUCACCCAACAGGACGCUGGGACUUACUAUUUUUGUUUAAUUGUCAAGGAUAACGGAAUUCCAGUCCUUUCGGCCACGACAAAUCUGACUAUUGUGUUAACUGUGAGUAAUAAGACUUACGAAAUGCUCAAUGGUGGUAACGGCCAAGGCGAUGAGAAGGUCCAUAUGUUUCUGAUGAUCGCCAUUGUGCUGGUGUCUAUGACCGUAUCUGUGCCCAUCACGGCAGCUAUGGCCAUUUGCUUUGUGCGAUGCAGAAACUCUAGAAAUGCUAACACCAACUCCUGUAAAAAGCACAUCAGUGAACAGAAGCACUUGAUGUGUACUUCUCACCUGGACACCUCAUGGGCUGAAGUCCCUGGCGACCGGACCACCGAAUUUGACACGACAAUUCGAAGUGGCAGUCAUCAGAUAAAAUCGAGGCGGGGGAUAUAUCCCGGGGACCAGCUGGAUAAAAGUCGGAAGAGUACGGCUUCGGGUGGCUCUAGAACGCUCAAAGAUAAGGAAGUCGUUUAUCAGGUGAGUGCUUUUCUUUUUUGA